AUGGCGCCUAGUUUCGAGCAACUGUCCGAGCAGGAUCUCCACGAAGAGGAGGAGGAGGAGAUUGAUUUCUCCGAUCUCAAAGCGCAAUUCGAAGUGAAAGCCGACGAGGGCCUGGACACAUUCGUCGUUAUCGAUGGCCUCCCCGUUGUGCCCGAGGAUAGCAAACAGAAGCUCAUCAAGUUCUUAUUGAGAAAACUCAACACCGUGGGCAACACCUCCGAAGAUGCCGUUUUCAUGCCCGUCAGCGACAAGGGCAUGUCCGAAGGCCGUCGCUGCCGUCAAGCAGCUGCACGGUGUCCCCUCGACAAGAAGCACACUCUCGCCGUGAACAAGUUGAUGGAUAUCGAACGCUAUGGUCGGGAAGGUCGUGUCGAUGAGGAGUACCAGGCGCCGCCCGUUGAGCCUUUCAAGGAGAAGGAGCACCUGCGCUCGUGGAUGGGCGACUCCAGCGCUCGUGAUCAGUUCGCCCUCUACCGCAACGACAAGGUAGGCGUGUUCUGGAACAACAAGUCCAACCCCCCAGAGAACGUCGUCGACCGCGCACACUGGACACAACUUUUCGUCCAGUGGUCCCCCAAGGGUACCUUCCUCGCCUCCGUCCACCCCCAGGGUGUUCAACUUUGGGGCGGUGCCUCUUUCUCCAAGCAAAAGCAAUUCCCCCACCCAUUCGUCCAACUUAUUGAAUUCUCGCCUCUUGAGGGCUACUUGACGACAUGGUCGGCUCGCCCGAUCCAGGUCGAGGAGGGUCAGCCCAUCCUGACCAACGACGAGGAUGGAAAGAACAUCAUUGUUUGGGAUAUUGAGUCUGGCAAGCCCCUCCGAUCCUUUACUUCCCACGAUCUGGCUGCCCCUCCCACCGUUGAUGAGGAUGUCGCGCCCAAGAAGAAGGUCCAGUGGCCCGCUUUCAAGUGGUCUGCGGAUGAGAAGUACGUCGCCCGUAUGCUUCAGGGACAGUCUCUCUCAAUCUACGAGGUACCCAACAUGAACCUCGUGGGCCGUACAUCGGUCAAGAUUGAAGGUGUCAGCGACUUUGAGUGGUCACCCGCUACCGUCACCCGUGAGGGUGUCAAGCAGUACGAACAGCUCCUCUGCUUCUGGACCCCCGAGAUUGGCAGCAACCCUGCUCGUGUUGCUAUGAUGAGCGUUCCCUCCAAGGAGAUCGUCCGUACCCGUAACCUGUUCAAUGUCUCCGAUGUUAAGUUGCACUGGCAAUCCCAGGGUGCCUACGUUUGUGUCAAGGUCGACCGUCACUCCAAGUCCAAGAAGUCCAUGGCCACCAACCUCGAAAUUUUCCGCGUGAAGGAGAAGGGUGUUCCCGUUGAGGUUGUUGACAGUCUUAAGGACACUGUCAUUAACUUCGCCUGGGAGCCCAAUGGAUCCCGUUUCGUCCUCAUCACUACUGGCGAGGCCCCUGCCGGUGCCGCCGUUGGCCCCAGGACUGGUGUUUCCUUCUUUGCUACGGAGAAGAAGGGUAGCACCGCCGGCAACUUCAAGCUUGUGCGAACUGUCGAGAAGAAGACCAGCAACGGUAUCUACUGGUCCCCUAAGGGACGUUUCGUCAUCGUCGCCACUGUUCACUCCCAGUCCAGCUUCGACCUGGACUUCUACGACAUGGACUUCGAGGGUGAGAAGGUCGAGGCCGAAAAGGAUCUUGCCGCCAACCUUCAGUUGAUGAAGACCGUUGAGCACUACGGUGUGACUGACGUCCAGUGGGACUCUACUGGUCGCUAUGUCGUCACCAGUGCUAGUGUGUGGACUCACUCGAUGGAAAACGGCUGGAACCUUCACACUUUCUCCGGACAAACUCUUUCCGAAAACCCUACCGAAAAGUUCAAGCAGUUCCUCUGGCGGCCGCGCCCCGCUACCUUCCUCAGCAAGGAGGAGCAGAAGCAGGUGCGCAAGAAUCUGCGCGAGUACUCCAAGGAGUUCGACGAGGAAGACAACGAGUGGGUUGCCUGGAUUCGCCGGGAGAAGGAGAUUCAAGCAGAGGAGAAGGAUGUCUUCGGUCUUCCCGAAGACGCCGACUCGCCCAAGCACGCCCGGGAUGCCCCCAUCGGCGGCUCGGACGAAGCCGAGGCCGUGGUCGAGGAGAUUGUGGAGGAAAUCAUCGAGGAAACCGAGGAGGUUAUCGGUUGA